AUGAAGGGCUUCCUUCAAAAAGCCAAAGCCGAACUCAAAGGCUUCACUCAACGCGACGAGCCUUGCAACUCAAAAUUUGACGGAGCCGCUGAGGCACAACAUCAACACCACUUUCCUCCAGCUCAUCAGCAAGGGCAGCAACAUGCAAUCAGCGACCCGACAACUCUAGAUAUACUUCGCUACCGUUAUCAUCACGGCACUAACCUCGGCUCGGUCUACGUCAUUGAACGUUGGCUUCAAGGCUCUCGAUUUCCUGACGGUUCUGAGGGAUCAAGCGAGCUUGCAGCAGUCCAGGCCUGGGUCGACAAGAUUGGCAUGGCUGAAACGAAACAAAAGUUCGAAGAGCAUUGGGCCAACAUCGUAACCGAUAACGCCAUCGGAUGGCUUGCUAAUGUAGCCAAAUGCACUACCGUCCGCCUGCCCAUCGGUUACUACGACCUUCCCGGGGCUGUUUUCACUCAGGGCACACCUUUCGAGCCGUACGCAGAAAUAUACACUGGAGCAUGGAACAGUAUCCGUACCCUGAUCCAACGCCUGCGUGCACGCUCUAUUGGUGUUCUCAUCGAUCUACACGCAUUGCCAGGAGGUGGAAACGCGCAGGAACACUCCGGUACCAACAGUGGGCGUGCUGAACUCUGGACCAGCCAUACCAACCGCGCGCUGGGCGUUCACUGCUGCCAAUUCAUUGCUGAGGACACAAAGGCUGGAGCUGAGAUUGCCGGUCUCCAACUCGUCAACGAGGCUGAGUGGGAAUCAGAACGCAUGUAUGAGUGGUACGAUGAGUGCAUAGCUGCUGUCUCUGCUAUCGAUCCCAGCAUUCCAAUCAUCAUCUCCGACGGUUGGCACCUAGAGAAAGCAGUCGACUGGACUUUGCAGAAGAACUCCAUCUACUCGCACCCGCAGUGCCCAGUAUUGAUCGAUACGCACUACUACUGGGCUUUCACAGACGCAGAUAAAGCUAAGACACCACAGCAAAUCACCGAAGAGGCCGGUACCAAGCUUGGACAGCUUGACGGUAAAGAAGGCUCCGUCCAUGACCGUGGUGCAGUACAAGUCAUUGUUGGCGAGUACUCCUGCGUCAUGACCGAAGACUCUUGGGCUAAGGGCGGCGGAGUCCCCAAGGAAGAGCUCGUGCAACAGUUUGGUCAAGCGCAGAGUAGGCGGUACCAGCAGCGAGCCGGCGGCAGUUUCUUCUGGACCUGGAAAAUGGAUUGGAUGCCUGGUGGUGAGUGGGGUUUCAAAGCUAAAACGGAAGACGGGAGCAUUGUGCCACCUCAGUAUACAACAUUGUCCGCUGAUGAUAGGCGGGGGGUGGUCGAGAAAGCCAGACACGAAAAAGACGGGCAGAUGCAUGAGGCUGUCAAACAGCACGUGUCUUACUGGAGCGGAGUGGAUCCCAACGGUCACUAUGAGCACGAAAAGUACGAACAUGGUUGGCAAGUCGGAUACCAAGACGCUCUCGCCUUCUUUGGGUGCGGAGAAACAAAAGGCGACAAGAUUGGCAUGUUCGAAUUGUGGGUCCUCAAGCGAAUUAGAGAGAGUGGAUACAGAGGUGGCUUCACUUGGCUUUUCGAGCAAGGCCUGAGGAAAGGUGCGCACGACUGUUACUCUGCGCUCGGAAUUUAA